AUGGCCUCCGAUUCCAAACAAAGUAAGUAUUUAACAGUUUAUUUACAUUAUAAUGGUUUAUUCGCACCAAAACCAUUAGUGUACUUGAACGCUGUUGUUGUUUCAAUCUGUGAUGUCGAUUUUGGUGCAAUGGAUUUCAAAGACUUUAACUUGUUCAUUGCAAAGUUGAUUGAAGGCAGUUGUGAUAAUGUAUAUUAUUGCACUAGAAAUGAACCAUUGGCAGAGGGUAUUAGGAGAAUUACGAAUGAUGCUGACUACUUUGAGUUUAUUGAAACGGGUUAUAGUGAUGAAGCCGACCUGGAUGAUGAUAAAGAUUCACAACUUUCUGAUGAUAUUCCAUAUGAGCAUGAAGCAGAUGAUUACAUUCCUUCUCUUGACAAGACUAUUGGUGAUGAAUUCUUACAUCGGGUGUCAGGUAUGUGUAAGGAUAUAAAUGAUGAGGCUGAAACUGAUGAGGUUGAAACCAAGAAUGGAGAUGACAAACCAGUGUACCCUGUCCAUAAUGAGAACCAGAAAUGGGACAAAAUGGUGCCAAUUCUAGGUAAAGUGGAACCAGUUCAAGUGGAUCCAGUUCAAGCAGAUCUAGUGGAUCCAGUUCAAGUACCAGCUCCACAGGUUGAUCCAGUUCAAGCAAAUCCAGUGGAUCCAGUUGAUGUACCAGCUCCACACGUUGAACCAGUUCAAGUAGAUGAUCCACAUCCAGAUGUUGAUGUCCCUGCUCAACCAGUUGCAACUAGGCAGAGGAUACGAAAAUACUCAGAAAGAAUUACCAAGAUAGGGUUGAGGAGGAAGGUUUUGAAGAAAGAAGGAAGCACUGGACACAACCCAAUGGUGUUGGAAUGAUUUUAUUUGGAAAGACAAACUUUUAGUCUUAUAAAUAUGUAAUUGGGAUA